AUGGCAACCAACUUCGACAACAACUCCUACGACCUCAUCUGGGAGACCAUCCGCCACAACAAUGCCUUCCUCGUGAAGCGCAACCAGGCCGGUGGUGUUCAGUUCUCCAAGGACCCCCUUAACCUGACCAACCUCCACUCGCGCAAGGUAAGGACACCAAUCGCUCCCCUCGCAAUCGCAACCAGGCACCUAAUCAACACGCGCAGUNACUCUUCGCUCGCCAACNCCCAGGCCAUCGGCAUCAACGCCAAGGACGGCAAGAUCGAGCUCACCACCAAGGUCGCCAAGAACUCGAGCAAGCCCNAGCAGCUCCUUCGCCAGAACCACCUUCAAGGCCACCACCCCUCGCGCAAGCUCAUCAACAACGCCGUCUCUGGUUCCACCAAGAAGGGUUACCGCCAGGACCUGCACAUGGAGGCCGUCCAGCGCGCUUCCGCCGUCAAGAAGUCGACCCGCCAGGUCAAGGCCACCGUCAAGCCCACCAAGCUCCGUGGCUCCAAGGCCCGCAAGGCUGCUGAGAAGCAGUAA